AUGCCUUCCCAACUGGGUUGGAUCUGGCCCAAAGAUCCCCGUCCCGGCAACCCACACCACUGGCCACGCCGCUGGCGCCUGUUUGACGUCCUAAAAAACAAAGGGCCAGACAUCUACGUCGGUCAAAUCGGCCAGUCCAAAGCCAACACUAGAAAGUCACACUCUCAAACCCGGUCCAGUCCCACAAGACAGGAAUGGUCUCGAUGGGGGGAUAGGUCCAACGACCCUGACUCGGACUACAGCCCGUUCCCCUGGGCGGGGCGCCCUGCUGGCGAGCGCUAUGAUUUCCGCACGAGGAAGUACCACAUUCCAGACCGUGGGACGUGGAGUGAUGUUGAAUAUUGCAAUGGGGGCAGGGUUCAGAGGGGGAAAUGGGUUGCGAAGGAGGAAGUGCAUUGUGUGCCGAUGCGAUAUUGGGAUCGGAAUGGGGUUGAGUAUCCAGCGGAAUUUUGGCAUGAUAGUCUCUAUGGGAGUCAUCCAAAUCAUGGAGAUCGAGGAAAUGGAUGGGAUGGGAGGAGAUAG